AUGAAAUCACCAUUUUCCAUAUACGAUGAGGCCAAUUUGGCUGUAGUUGCCUCCAGCGCCGCGUCGGAGGCGCGUCAGGGACUCUUUUGCCUCGAAGGGAAAAGGCGCCCGAUUGAGACGGCAUUGGAAUGCCGCUUGGUGUUUGGGCCUGCGACCAGUUUCAAUACUGGUAGCGGAGCCACCAACACGGACGACGAAGCUGAUAGUGUGAUCCAGGAAGUGGAGACCUUUUUGGCUGACCAUGCCUUGAAUGAGCCUGAUGAUGAUCCGCAAGAAGUCUACGAAGAGUCAGAAAUCGCAGAAGCACUGGCCGUGUCCUGGAAGGACAAAAGACGUGAGCUGGGUCGGCUCCAGCGCUCGCGUCGUUUUGGCGCAGCAAGUGAGUUGAAGAAGUCCUACAAGGUGGAGAUUGAAGAACUGAAACGUAAGUCUCGAUGCCAUCGUUGCAAUCAAGUGGGACACUGGUCCCGUGAGUGUCGCAAUCCUAGCAAAGGCAAGGGCAAAGGUGGAAGUUCCAACAACUCAAAGAGCUCUGAUGCUGGAGUGGCCAUGGUAGAAUCCUUUGAGGAGCACUUUGUGGCCGCAGUUGUCCCUCUCUGCAACCCUCAGCUGUCAACUUUGGAGAUGUUACGACAGCGUCAUGCAUCUUCCAUCAAUGCUGAGGUGAUCAAGGCCGUUUUUGCCGAGGUCAUGAUGAAUGAAGAUGCUGAGGUGACUGAGAAUGUCCAGGUCUUGCCGGUCAAUGAAUCUGUCGAGGCUGAGCAGUCGCCUGAUUUGCCCACAGCCACGGCAUCCGUGCCCAAGCUUUCCCAAGGAGCAUCCGACAACUUGCAGGAAGUGCUGCAUGUGACCACCGAGUUUCAUUUUGUGCCUCAGGAGAAAACAGUCCCAAUUGAGAGUUUGCCAGUUCACAGUGUGAGACAAUUAGACUCUCAGGUGCGAAAUGCUGCAUCCGAAGUCAAGUCCAUUGUCGAUGGUAAGCCCUUUUUGGUCGCAGAAGUGCUUUGUCCUCCAAGAUGUGCACCCCUUGUUCAGGGAGUAGGUGGUACGUGUAGGUCUUUUGACUUAUCCACUGGAUUUGACUUCACCAAACCUGAGAUGCGUGAACGGGUGGCUCAGUACUUGCAUGAUCACCCACCUGAGCUCCUGUUGCUUUGCCCACCAUGCACUGAUGAGGGCGGAUGGUUCAACUUGAAUGCGUGCACUAUGGAUCCCCUAGAGUAUGCUAAGAGAGUUCGUCGUAGUCGCAUGUUCAUCCGUUUUUGUUGUAGGCUGUACAAACAGCAGGUGCAGCUCGGUGGAAGAGCAAUCCUUGAGCAUCCCAAGGGAUCCCGUCUAUGGACCUAUCCCGAGGUCAAUGAGUUGCUUGAAGAGCACAAGUUGCUGACAUGUCACAUGUGCAGAUAUGGUUUGCGUGUCCCGGGUAGCCCCAAUCUGAUCCGUAAAGCCACUCACUUGCUAGUAUCCCAUCAUGACAUGAGUUGCUUAGCCAAAGAGUGUCCAGGUUCCAGUCACCCGAAACAUGCUUGUCACCAGGUCAUUGCCGGAAGUGAUCCCAUGGUAGGACGUGUUAGCACUUUUGCUGGAAAGUAUACUCCUCAGUUUGUAGAAGCAAUCAUGGAAACAGUGCCUCGUUUUGUUGCCAUGAAACGUGCAUGCCUGGCUGAGUGUCCUCAGUGGACAUCCAAACAGCACGACGAAGUUCUUGCUGCUAAGCCUGACCUCUCUGCUGAGAAAUCUUCUGCCGGAUCAUCCAAACGUUCUUUGGAGAUCGCUGCGAAUAUCGAUGAGCCCCCAGGCUCGAAACAACGAACAGCCUCUCCUCAUGAAGUUUUGUCUGUUGAGGACAUCACCGAGCUGUGCAAUCAGUGGGAAGCGUCCGAACGAGAACGCCGUGCCAAGAUCCGAGCGCAAAAUGUCCAAAGCAAGGCCGAGACGUCUGGGGCGCGUUUGAUGGCGAAAGCGAAGUCCAUGCCCAGCCCUCCGCCGGAGGUGGAGGAGGAGUUCACAGUGUAUGAUCCCACGACUGGUCUUUUCGUGCACCCUGAAACUGGUGAGGUUCACAGUGUAUGGAGUGAAGAUGAGUCUUCGGCACCUGGAGCCAUGACCGACGGAUCCAAGCGCCGAGAGGAGAUGAUUGCCGGCCAACGGCCUUCCAAGAAGUCAGCUGUGCCGAAAGCCAAGUCUCAGGCAAUGAUGCCGAGCCUGAUGGUUCCGAUGUACGCCGCUCCUUCGACUGAGGUGGCCGUGCCCUUUCCCGGAGCAUCAGAUGAAGCUGGUUUGAUCAAGCAUUGUCUUCCUCCUUUGCCUGAUGACGUUCCUGAUGUGCCCACAUGGGGUCGCACAGUGAUUGGUUUUGGCCACUACAAAGACUUGAACAUGAGCUAUGAAGAGCUGGUGAUGUCCGAAGAUUCCCGCAUGGCAAGCUAUGUGAAGUGGUGCCGUUCCCGCACCAAGUGCGCCCAGGGUCAGUUGAAAGACCUAUGCAACUACAUGCAGCACAUGUUUGCCUCUGAUGAAGGCACCGGACACCAGAUUCCUGGAACCACUCAGCCGCGCCGUCUGAAGCAAUAG